AUGUCGCCUGCCAUCAAGAAGAAGAAAGAUGACCUCGGCGCUGGGCUGCGCGUGUCGAAGGACAACAUUGCUGCGCAUCCUGCGGGGCCACCGAAGUAUGGCGAGUUGACGCAAGCGGAGAGAGCAUUUACGCUAGCAUCGACAUUCUUGUCUGGAGUUUUGGCUAUCAGCGCAUCGCAAUUCCUGGGCGCGCCAUUGAAGCUAAUCGACCCCCAAUUCUAUGAAGGGUACAUGGCUUAUACGAAGGAAUGCUUCGCCAUCUUGAUUACAUGUCUGACCCAGUGGUGGGCGCCUACCGUUGUCAGGAUCAGCGGAGAUUCAAGUAUGGUUGGUCAGCUCAUCCAGAAGAAGGACGGGAGCCUACAGUGCAAUUUCGCAGACCGUAUGGUUUUGAUGGCUAACCACCAGCUGUACACUGACUGGCUGUAUAUAUGGUGGAUUGCGUACACGAACAACAUGCACGGCUUCAUCUACAUCAUCUUGAAGGAAUCGCUUAGAAACAUCCCCAUCAUCGGCUGGAGCGCGCAAUUCUACAACUUUAUCUUCCUGGCCAGAAACUGGGAAGAGGAUCAGCGCCGAUUCAAGAAGGCUCUUUCGCGCCUCAACAAUGCAACCCAGCCAAUGUGGCUCAUCAUCUUUCCCGAAGGAACGAAUCUGUCAUCCACGACAAGAGAAAAGAGCAAGGCAUGGGCUGCGAAGAACAAUCUGGAAGACAUGAAGCACCAGCUUCUGCCGCGGAGCACGGGACUGCGGUUUUGUUUGAAUGAACUCAAAGAUACGACGGAAUGGUUGUAUGACUGCACUAUUGCAUAUGAGGGCGUGCCGCCCGGUCAGUUCGGUCAAGACAUUUUCACGCUCCGCUCCACGUUCUUUGAAGGCCGUCCACCAAAGUCGGUCAACAUGCACUGGCGCCGUUUCCACAUUUCCGAUAUCCCCAUCCAGAACACGAAAGCCUUCGAAGUCUGGCUGCGGAAUCGCUGGCGAGAGAAGGAUUACAUGCUCGAAUACUUCCAAAGGCAUACUCGUUUCCCGGCUGAGGACUUCUGGAAAGACCACCUUGACAUGGGCGACCGUAGUUCGCAAGGCUCACAAAGCCUACGGAGUGUUCCUAAGCCGGCUGUUCAGAUCGAGACAGAAGUCAAGUCUGGCAACUGGAACGAAUUUGUCAAGAUCUUUGCCCCUAUCAGCAGUGUCAUGAUGGCAUUGACGGUCGCAUAUGGAGCUAAUCCAGCAGACAUCAUACCUGGUGGGAAGGAGUUUUUCGAGCAGCACAUGAAACAAUUACUGGGAGGUGGCGGAGAAAUGGGAGGACUUCCAAGUCCAGACCAAUUGGAGAAGAUGAUCGAGGGCGCAGCAAAACUGGGAGCGGCGCAAGCUGCAGACCCACAGCAAGUCCCACAGGUAGCGGCACUCACACAAGAGAAUUUGGCUAAGCUGGUAAAGGAGACAGCUAUCAAGAACGGCGUGGUGAUGCCCGGUGGAAUGAGACGAGCCAGCACAGCACUACCACAAGCACCGACAAAGACCCUCGCAACACCUACAGCGGUGCCAACACGCGCGAAGAGUGCUGUUGUUACCCCUUUUUCAGCUCGGAAACCGGCUGGCGCUGCAGCGAAACCGAAGCCUGCGACUGCUGGGCCUGUAAAGCCAAAAGCUGCUCCUAUCAAGCCUAAAGUGACCGCGAAACCCAACCCUACACCACCCACCGGGCCUAUGAAGGAAGUCACGUUGGCAUCUGGCGUUACAAUCAAGGUCCCCGCGCCAGCUGUGGAAGAUGCGAAGAAAACCGGCGCAACUACGAUAAAAACAGCGAAUGGGCUUACCGUUCAGAUCGGGAAGAAAGACAUCGAAAAGGCGCAAGAGAAGAACGGCGACACAGUCAUGACGGCCUCCGGGAUACCAAUUAAGAUCACCUCGGGAGGUGACAUCGAAGUUGCAAAGAAACCGACACUAGCAAAGUCAAGCCUUGCACCAAAGCCUGUAGCCAAGAAGGUUGCACCUGCACCUGCAAAAGCACUACCGAAGCUCAAUGGGACGACAAGCGCCCCGAAGAAGUUGCCUACGCCAGGACCGAAGAAGAUUUCUACAAAGCCGUCGACUCCGCAGACGAAGGCGCCGCCGAAGUUGGCUACAAAAUGA